GUCCCUCGAGUUGUUCCGUAGUUUUCAGCCAUGGCUUCCUCAGAGCCGCAACCUCGGUUCGGUCAGUCUGUUAAAAGUUUGUUGUCAGAUAAAGUCGGUUCUUGCAGUGGAGAUGUGAUUGCUCUUACACGCCAGGUAUUAAAGGGAUCUCGUAGCCAAGAGCUGCUCGGUCAGGCAGCAAGAAAUAUGGUUAUUCAAGAAGAUGCCAUUCUCCACUCUGAGGAUAGUCUAAGGAAAAUGUCCAUAAUAACUACUCAUUUGCAAUACCAGCAAGAAGCCAUCCAAAAGAAUGUUGAGCACUCCAGAAACCUUCAGGACCAGCUUAGACACUUGCUAAAAUAAGGCAUGGGCAAGCUACGUUGUUGACAUGUUCAACUUGGACUUUGGUUUGUUCCUCGCACCUUGUGCAGGGUUUUGCACUCCAAAGACACGCAAUUGCCUCUCAAUAACCCUCAUGACCUUGAGGUAACAUCUUGUGUAUAGGAUUGAUUUCUGUUUUUUGUUUAAUUUCCUAACUAACAUUCAGUUAAAUUAGAUCAUAUUGAUUUUUAAUGAAAAAAUGGGUAGUGUCAGUAGUUAUGGACAUGGACAGCAGUAAUCUAAUUACUGACCUUAUUCUGAAUAAGACGAUAUUCUGAUUAAGGUGUUUACAUGAGUCGCUUUUAGAAUAUUCCGUUCAUGUUCCCGCUUUACAUGUUAUAGAACAUAGAUGGAUUAACAGCACACGUCAUUAUGUCACCGCGCUACGCCAUCCGACAUUCCUCCAGAAUUUCACGUAUCAACAUACAGUUGGUCUUCGUUAUUGUACCGUAUACAGUUUUGGGUGUUUCAUUUUUAAUUUCACAAAGCUUCAACUGCAACUCCAACUGUUGAUUAUUAGUCAUGCUGUACGUGCAAAUAGACAACUGCUUGAAGCCGUGGGCUGCGUCCCAAACCGCGUACUUACCUACUAUAUAGUAGCUCAGAUAUAUGUAUUUCAUCUACUAUAUAGUAGGUAAGUACGCGGUUUCGGACGCAGCCGUGCUCUCUUGUUUGCCGUCAAAUGGUUGAGCACUGCUGUGUGUGUGUCGUGUGUGAUCGAUCAUGUCCUGUCGCAAAAUGCGGUGAAAACUCCCACACGACGUUAAUAGUGUGAUUAAGGUGUGUACAUGUCUGUAAUGCACUUCGAUAAUGUGACUAAAACAGGAAUACUCCACAUGUCUUAAUUCCAUUGUGUUUACAUCAAGUAUGACUUUAGUCGGGUUAAGGUAAUUAAAAAUUGCUGUUUACAUGGUAGUUUCUUAAUCAGAGUAUUGUCUUAAUCGGGUUAAUAUCAUAUUAUUGUUGUCCAUGUAAACUUACUGAGUGUUAAAUGAGCAUGCUUUUUUUUUUGGGGCGUGGUGGCAAGCAUAAACAACAGUUAACCCAGAUCUACUUAUUUGUUAAUAUAUUGACUUUUUUAUUUUAAUGAAUACAUUUGUCUUGUAUAAACAUUGUUAUAUAUUUGAGUGAGAUCACGUUCUCUACAGGAGUAUGCCAGUAGAAUGUGUAAUAAAGCCUCAUGCACAUGUAAUAGCACUAGCACUUCAGCAAGGUCAAACAGAUGUCUGUCCUAGAGCAUAUCCUUGAUCAUUACUCCCAGAAAGCUUUGGGUUACACUUCAGGGUUUUCACUUAUCUCUCUGCAAGCUGUGCGCACAAGCAUUUAGACACAACCACCUUUAGUGUGCAAAAAAAAAAGAAAGAAAUAACACAGGAUCAACUCUUAAAAAUUCUUUAGUUUAUAAAUUACAUAAAUGGAAAUGCAUUAUCUUCACAUUUAUCACAUGUUUCUCUAUAUAUUAGAAAGGUUCUAAUGCUGUUCAGAGUACUGUGGUCCCAAAUGUAGACUAGGUUUUUGUACAACCCUAAUUCCAAAAAAGUUGGGAAGCUGGGUAAAAUGUAAAUCAAAACGAUGCAACGAUUUGCAAAUCUCAUAAGCCCAUAUAUCAUUUACAGUAGAACAUAGAAAACAUAUCAACUGUGUAAACUGAGGAAAUAAGGUUAUUUUGAAUUUCAUGACCGUCUCAAUAAAAAGUUGGGACGGGGCAAUAAAAGGCUGGAAAAGUAAGUGUUACUAAAAAGAAACAGCUGGAGGAACAUUUUGCAACUAAGAUACUCUUAAGAUACUCUUUUUAUACCCAAUCAUGUUAAUGACCUGCUGCCAAUUAACCUCCAGCUGUUUCUUUUUAGUAACACUUACUUUGCCAGCCUUUUGUUGCCCCGUCCCAACUUUUUUGAAAUGUGUUGCGGCCAUGAAAUUCGAAAUUACCUUUUCUUUUUUUUUUUCUUCUAAAAGUGGUACAUUUCCUCAGUUUAAACAUUUGAUGUUUUCUGUUCUAUUGUCAAUAACAUAUGGGUUUAUGAGAUUUGCAAAUCAUUGCAUUCUGUUUUUAUUUACAUUUUACACCAGCAUCCCACCUUUUUUGGAAUUGGGGUUGUAGUACUUUUACAAAUUUGAUACAAAAUAUGCUAAUUGCCAUUCCAACCUGUUUUGGUCUGUCAAUGCUUGUUAAAGGCCUCAAACGAAGAGUAUGAAAAGAAUGUCAUCUGAGCUUGUAAAACUGUGUAGUUCAUGUAGAUAAUUUUUGGAUUGAAGAUCUCGAUCGCUGAAGUUGAUUUGCACCAACAUGCUUUAUGUCUGUUUCUAAAUGGUUGUAACUUUCUGGGCAUACAUUUAAAGACUAUUUAAGACUGUUUCUGUUUUAACCGAUUUACACUUUUUAGCAAGUACAUUGCUGUGUCGCAUACAGAGUGAAGUUAUUAGUUUUCUUCUCCAAAGGCUUCAAGAUUAUAUUACUGUCAAUAUAUAAUUUAGUUGAGAUGUUUGGAUGCUUUUUUUAAACAUACUUUCUUCCUUGGUGACCUGGUUAAAAAAAAAAAAAUCAGCUUGGUCUGACCAGCUCCCAAAACACAGACUGAGCUGGUUAAACUGCUAGACCUUAACACCUGCUGGGAAGUGCUGAUAGAAGGGAAAUAGUUUCUGAAUUACUAUUACCAAUGUCACCUUGUAGACGGGUCUACCAGUUUGACUAGCUCUGCCUGUGUUUUAUUAGUGAUAGUGUGAGUGAGAGUCAGCAGUCAGAGGGAGUGUACAGACUUUCGCUGUCUCUUGCUUCCAUUCUGAUACCAUGAUUUGGUAUGUCAGCUACGGUUUACACCGUAGGCCGAAUAGUGUAGCAUAAGCAUAUACAUAGGGAUAACUUUCGUUGGUUUAGUGCAUGUGAAUGCCACUUGAUAAUUUGAUGUAACUUAUGACCUGUUUAACAGUUAACACUGCCUUAGUUAAAACCUGUUGGUGCCCCUGAGAAACUGAGAAUUCUGAGAAUCCAUCUUUAUCAGUCCUCAAGGUCCAACAGAGAGAGGGGGGGCUUUAUGCCAGGUAAUGCAGUGGAGAGAUAAAGAAAAGUUGGUCCUGUCUGUUUGCACAGAGAUUCACAUAGGCCUGCCUUAAACUUAAGUUGGUAACAUUUGUUUAUUCUGGAAAUGUGUUUCUGUUUUUAAAUAAAUAAAAUUCAUGGAUUAUUAUUGUGUAAAAA